AUGAGGCUGAGGUUUUUGACAAGAUCGAGCUAUGGAAGUGACAAACCAGUCAAGGAUCCUUUAUCGAAUGCUUUUAAAGGCAGAUCUAGCUUCUCCACCAACCAGCUGAAUCAGCGUACUAUCGAAAUACCCAGGCCAGGAUCCCUGCUAUCCCAAGGAACAGAUGUCCCAUUUAGAGUCUUCCUACGUCAACUACAUCACCAAGUUGCCCAAAGACGGUCACUUUCUCAACCACUUCAUGGAAACCACUGCAAGUACAUUACUCCAUUGACUAAGAGAAGCAUCACCAAGAACGGUUUCAACAUAUUCUUGCUGACCUCAUCACCCCGCUUCUACUCCCAAAAAUCAUUCUCCAAGGAAGAGAUCGAAGAGGCCAAACGAUGGCUCGAUAAUCCGCAAAUCAAUAGGGCAGUUUUCGAAAUCACAUACAGCAGAAGCUCCGGGCCUGGAGGGCAGAAAGUCAACAAAACCUCCUCAAAAGCUACUGUGGCUUUGGAGCCGUGGAAGUGGUUGAACCCUCAGUUCUGUUUCUGGAUCCCAAAACCGAUAUUGGCUCAGAUCGAAGAAAAGAGGAUCCGCUACCACACAAAGCUGGGUGGCUUACUCAUACAAAGCGACCGCAGUCGAAACAGGGAGGAUAAUACCGCAGACUGUUUCAAGAAGCUUGGGGACGAAAUAAGGAGAGUUGUGGAGUUUGAAGGUAAGGUCAGUGAAGAGGAUAAAGCCAAGUGGGAAGAAUUGGCCAAGGUGAGCAAGGAGCGGAGAAUGGAGCAGAAGAAGCGCCAGAAGGAAAAGAAGCAGGGAAGGAGUAAGAAGUUUGAUCUUGGAUAA